AUGUUUUUUAUUGAAAAUUUUCUAACAAAUGAUUUAUUUGAAAUUCUUAUUCAAAUUUUCAAUAUAAUAAUAAAUUUAAUCUAUUUAGGUCUUAUUCUUGAAAUCUCAUUACAUAUACGUUUAUCUUGUUGUUUAAUAGCAAGAAAAAUUUCAUCAUCAUUUCUUCGUGAACAACAAUUAUCCCUUUAUAUGUUAUAUAUUUUUUCUUGUUUAACAAUAACAUCUCUUCCAUUUUAUUUUUAUCGUACAAUUGAAAUAAUAUUUGAUUCACUUCUAUCAUCAUAUAGUAAUGAUAUGAUUAAUAGUCGUACACUUGCUCAAAUAAUUUUAUCUGGUAUAAGUUUUAAACCAAUAUUAUAUUUAAUUUUAUUAUUUCCAUCGAAAAUUUUAUUUAAAUUUAAAUGUUAUACAACAGUUAAAAUUGAAAGUAUUAAUCAAUUAAAUAGUGUUUUUUUAAUUAGUCAUAAAAAACAAGAUGAAAAACAUUUAAAUCGUGAUCGAUAUUCAUUAAAAUUAUCUUCAUUUUAUCCAAAAAUUCAUAUUAAAUUUCGUUCAUUAUCAAAUCCAUUAGUAACAACUAAUAAUAUACAUUCAAUUAUUAUUGAUCAAAAUCAAAAUAUAUUAAAUGAUGUAUGUAUAUAA